AUGACUAUUCUCCCUACAAUUCGGAAAUCUCAAGGAAACACAGAAGAAAGCACUGAUACAAAUCAGAAUGCCCCUACUGAGAGAUCAACUAGAAGAAAUGACAUUAGUUCCAUCCAGAAACAGUCACUUUGUGAAAAUAGUACUAAUGCCAGACGGUCACCGUUUCCUUACAAAAGUGAUAGAAAGGAAAGAUUUCGUAAAAGAUACAAAGAAUCUGAUAGACCCAGAGAUAGAGAAAGUGUUAGAGAACAAAAGCGGGAGGUAAGAAGGGAACAAAAGAGAGAUAGAACAGUACUCAACAAACGUGAGAUUAUUUCUGAACCCUUGCAUGAAAACAACACUAUAACAUCACCUGCAGAUAAAGCUUCAACUGAAACAUCAGGUAAUAAUAAUGAAAAAGAGAUUAAAGAAGACUGUACUGGAUUCAAUAGUGAAGAUGAGUAUGAUGAGAGCUAUUUCAAGGAUAGACACCUCACUGCUGAGGAGUGGCAAAAGAGAGAUGCUCUUUUUUCUCGCUGUAUGUCAAAUUUAGGGUUUGAAAUUAAAAAUAUGAAUGAAGAUGGAGCUUGUCUAUUUCGUUCUAUUGCUGAUCAAGUCUAUGGAGAUCAAGAGUUCCAUUUUCAAGUGCGUCAAGAUUGCAUGAACUACAUUGUUCAAAACCAAGAUUAUUUUGAACCAUAUGUAACUGAGGAUUUUGAGAAGUAUGUUGCCAGAAAACGUACUUGGCAUGUUCAUGGAAACCAUUUGGAAAUCCAAGCAAUGAGUGAGCUCUAUAAUAGAACUAUUGAGGUGUAUUGCUAUCAGAUAGAACCAAUCAAUAUCUUCAAUGGCCCCAGAAUCACUUCCUAUGAACCUAUUAGGCUCUCCUACCACAGAAUGUGCCACUACAACUCCAUCAGUAAUCCAAAUAGCCCAUCUGUUGGUGUAGGCUUAGGUUUGCCAAACUAUAAACCUGUUGAUAUAGACAGGAGACGGUUACAUGAUGCUGUCCGGGCCAGUGAAGAAUUACUCAUUGAACAAACAAUGCUGGAAGACAAAAUCAAGGCUACCGACUGGGAAGCGACGAACGAAGCUAUCGAAGAGCAAGUAGCACGCGAGUCGUACAUCCAAUAUUUCCGGGACACAGAGAAACGCUUGAAGGCAGAAGGGCAUUCCUUGGCGAGCGGAAGCAGCUCGACUGUCACCUCGUCUAUGAUAUCCAGCCCUAGGACUUCCAGGCGUGGCUCGAUGUCACCUAAAGGGGGCCAGUCGCCGAAAGGGUCUAUGUCCCCGAAAAAUAACUUCUCUCCGCUCGCGAGUCCAAGGACAUCAUUUGGUUCGAACUCAUUGAUUCCUGAUUGCUUCAAUGUGGAAAAUGUGCCUCCGCCAUAUGUUCCUACGAAAGAAGAGGAAGCCCUCGCCAAGCGCCUCUAUAAUUCACCUAGAAGAAUUGUGGAAGCUGAAACUAUGAAUUUCAAUGAGAAAAAUUUCUCGCCCGACUUCAAUCAACAGGCUGGCCCUUCCAACAUUGUUGACAAUAUUGGUUUUGACGAUUUUGAUCAGGAAAUCAUGGCUCAAGUUUUAGCAGAAUCACAACAAACCUACUUGGACGGACUGAAGCACAAAUGCAAAAAACGAAAUGGAUCUCCAGGACCUUCUACAUCUUCGUAG